CUGGUCCCAGAUUUAUCACUUGUGACUGGGCUGCUGUGAGGCCAUGGCUUCCAAAUAUCUCAAGGCCAGCUUCUCCUCGGGGUCUCUCAAGGGCCCGGGAGGGGCCAGUGGGCUCUCCACUCGUGUGUCCACAAUGUACUCCAGCAGUUCCUGCAAGCUCCCGAGCUUCUCUCGGGGGGCCCGGAGUUUCUCCGCGUGUUCGGCUGGGCUGGGCAGAAGCAGCUGCAGGACCACUAGCUGCCUCCCUGCUCUCGGCCUCCCUGCUGGAGGCUAUGCCACCAGCUACAGCGUGGGUGGGGGCUGGUUUGGGGAGGGCAUCCUCAACUGCAGUGAGAAGGAGACCAUGCAGUUCCUGAAUGACCGCCUGGCCAACUACCUGGAGAAGGUGCGCCAGCUGGAGCAGGAGAAUGCCAGCCUGGAGGGCCGCAUCCGGGAGUGGUGUGAGCAGCAGGUGCCCUAUAUGUGCCCGGACUACCAGUCCUACUUCCGGACCAUUGAGGAGCUCCAGAAGAAGACCCUGAGCACCAAGGCUGAGAACACCAGGCUGGUGGUGCAGAUUGACAAUGCCAAGUUGGCUGCAGAUGACUUCAGGACCAAGUAUGAGACAGAGCUGUCCAUGCGGCAGCUGGUAGAGGCCGACAUCAACGGCCUGCGCAGGAUCCUGGAUGACCUGACCCUGUGCAAAGCUGACCUAGAGGCCCAGGUGGAGUCUCUGAAGGAGGAGCUGCUGUGUCUGAAGAAGAACCACGAGGAGGAAGUGAACUCACUGCGCUGCCAGCUUGGUGACCAGCUCAACAUUGAGGUGGAUGCUGCCCCGCCUGUUGAUCUGAACCGUGUCCUGGAUGAGAUGAGGUGCCAAUACGAGGCCCUGGUGGAGAAUAACCGCCAGGAUGCUGAAGACUGGUUCAACACCCAGACAGAGGAGCUGAACCAACAGGUGGUAUCUAGCUCCGAGCAGCUGCAGUCCUGCCAGGCAGAGAUCAUCGAGCUGAGACGCACGGUCAACACCCUAGAGAUCGAGCUGCAGGCCCAGCACAGUUUGAGAGAUGCUUUGGAAUCCACCCUGGCUGAGACAGAGGCCCGCUACAGCUCCCAGCUGGCCCAGAUGCAGUGCCUGAUCAGCAAUGUGGAGGCCCAGCUGGCUGAGAUCCGGGCCAACCUGGAGCGGCAGAACCAGGAGUACCAGGUGCUGCUGGACGUCCGGGCCCGGCUGGAGUGUGAGAUCAACACUUACCGGGGCCUGCUGGAGAGCGAGGACAGCAAGCUCCCCUAUAACCCGUGUGCUGCUGACUUCUCACCUUCCAAGUCGUGCCUCCCCUGUCUGCCGGCAGCAUCCUCCAGUCCUGGAACUGCCCGAAUGAGCUGCAGCCCCCGCACCAUUUGUGUGCCCUACCCAGGGGGCCGGUUGUGAGAGUG